AAAUUCCGGAAUCCAACAAAAUGGCAGAAGGUCUGAUGUAACAAAAUAGAUUCAUAUCCAGUUGUGUUUGCUAUUGACGAUGCCAUUGACUUUCUAAUUGUCGCAUCCAAGUGACUUCAUUAAUACAUAAUAGAAGAUCUUAUCUGGGACAUUAUGAGUGGGGGCAGAUAUGGUGUGUCAGGCAAUGCCUAUGACAGGCAUGUACAUAGAGAUGUCUCUACAGGACAGAAGCUGAAAGAAGCUUACUGGACCACCAAACAGGCUGUUAUAAAGAAAUUGGGCAAGAAAGAGGAUGCCCAUGUUGUGGCAUCAGAUGCAGAGCUUGAUGCUAAAUUAGAGGUAUUCCAGUCAAUUCAAGUAUCAAGUAUGAACCUUUUAAAAGCGAUAGAAAAGUACCAAGACAGAUUAUGUUCAUUGUCCCAAGAAGAAAAUGGAAUGGGACGUUUCCUGAAACAGAAGUGUAAGGAAGACAAAACUAGGGCAGGCAAAAUGAUGGCAGCUGUUGGCAAAUCACAAAGUUUUUCAUCGCAACAAAGGUUAGCUCUUAGAGUCCCUUUGGUACGGUUAUACCAAGAAGUCGAGACAUUCCGUUACCGAGCCAUAUCUGACUGUUUACUCACAAUAAACCGCAUGGAGUCUGCCAGGACAGAAUAUAGAGGAGCUUUGCUCUGGAUGAAAGAUAUAUCUGAAGAAUUAGAUCCUGAUACAUUUAAACAGCUAGAAAAAUUUAGAAAAGUGCAAACACAAGUUAGAAAAGCCAAAGCAAAAUUUGACAAACUGAAAUUGGAUUCCAUGCAGAAGAUCGACUUGUUAGCUGCCAGUAGGUGCAAUAUGUUUUCCCAUGUGUUGGCUAACUACCAGACAUCACUUUUGCAAUUCUGGGAAAAAACAGCUAGGACCAUGUCUGCAGUUGCAGAAAGUUUUAAAGGAUACCAAUACUAUGAAUUUGACAUGUUGAAGGAGCUGGCAGAGCCUAGUAGAAAACUUGCAGAGGAAACGUCCAAAUCAGAUGAAAGUGAUGAAGACAGUAAUGAAAAUCACCACACAAACCAGAAACAACAGCAUAGCAACAUUAAUAAGGACAUUAGAGACCAUAACAAUCUUAUAGACUUUGGUGAGAUCCAAGCUCAACCUGACAUUGAGAAAAAGACUGACUAUAAUAAAAAUCAUGGGGUGAGUCUGGAAUCAGGAAAGGAUGCUUUAGAACGCUACCAUAGACGUUUAUCUAAUAUGGAAAGUGCCUUAGAUCAACUGGAAGAGGAUUUAAAAACUAACGAUGCUGAUCCUGAUAAUAGCAUGCCCCCCAGUUAUUUCCAAGUAGCUUCACAGAAAACAGAUGUGAAAAAUAGAAAAACAAAAGAACAACUAGAAAAGAUGCAACAAUCAGCAAAAGAUACAAAACUUAUUGCACUUGGUGAGGAGGCUACAGAAGAUGCCACAAAUGAGAAGAAUCUGCAUGGUUCCACAGCUGAUCAAGCCCAUAAUGGUAGUUUAGAGAAUCUCCUCCUGAAUAAUACUUCCACAGCUAAGAAGGUGACAAAAACUCCUCAAGAAGAAACUACAGAAAAUAUACAGGAUCCAUUCAUAGAUUUUGGAGAUGAUUUUGAGGAAGAAGAAAACGAUGAGUUUUCUGGGAAAGCUUUGCCCCUAUCCAAACAUGUAGAAAAUCCUAAAAACAUUUCAAAAGACCUCCUAACAGAGCCAUUAGAAUUUGAUGACACUGACAAAGAUGAUAUGACUCUCCUUAAUGAAAUACUAAAUGCUCCACCUGGAGGGGAUGAGUUCUCGCAGGAGUGGCAGGAUGUCUUUGGGGAUACCUCUGCCCCUGGAGCCAUGAGGAAUGAGGCUGGGGAUCAAUCACAGUUCAUGCUACCCUCUCAGCUGUUAGACAUGUCAAGUCUCACUUUAAACAAAGGUAUGGGGCCAGAGAGUCGGCAACCUACACAAGGAAUUCAACAAGGGAAGCAAACUCCCAAACAACAGCAAAACAAGUCAAAACCUGGCACUAAAAAGGGUGAGAAGACGGACAUGUCAGCAUGGUUUAAUCUCUUCGCAGAUCUUGACCCAUUAGCUGACCCUGAUGCUAUUGGUCGCAAAGUGGAAGGCAGCUCUGGUCAGCAAGCUGACAGGAUGUAAACUAUUAAAUAACAUACAUCUGGCAACUAGGACAUUAUGCUAUACAGUUUAACUGAAAAUAGGAUUAAUUUUAAUAAACUUUUAAAGUUUUGCGAUGUUCAGGGUGUCCAUUUGAUAAGCUCCCCUAAGGAUAAUACAGAAUGUAUCAGGCUUAUGUGUUUUAAGUAUCUUGUACUAAUUGUAAAGAUUGUUCAAGUUUCAUUAAAAUGAAUAAUUUUAUGAAUAAGGAACUACAUGUAAGUAAAAAAAAGGUUAUUGUAACAACUCGUUUGAAUGUUGAAGUAUGAUAACAUGCAGAAAUAAGCAGUUAAGUACUGAAUGAACUUAUUUACAAUUAUACCACUGCACCCUUAUUUACUAUUAACCUUAGGGUUGACCUUCGUCUUAUUUCUUUAACAUAGGCCUGUGUAUUGAGGAAAAACCAUGUUUUUGGCUGCCUGUAACUUUUUUCAGCUUUCUUCCUCAUAUAUGAAAUUCUCCACUUUGUGGUAACUUUGGAUGAUUUUUACAAUGGUGCAUUACACUUAACUUUGAGACAUCUGUAUAUAUGAUCUUAAUGGGAGGGGGUUUGUAUAUAAUUGGCACCUUGAGUUGUGGUAUUUAUUGGUGUAGCAAAGGGCGAGGGUUCGUUGGUAAGGUCUUGAACAGUAUAAAUACUCAUAAGUAAAUAAAAUUCUAUGGAGAUUGCAGCCUGUAAACAGUAAAUCUGUCUCUAAUUCAGUAAUUGACACAAUAUUAAAAUAUUUAUUAAGGGUUGAUAACUCAUAUAUUUCUAGGAAAUAUGUAAAAUCAGAAAAAUUAUGUAAAAUGCAAUAAAGAUUAG